AUGUAUUCUACGCUUCAUUGUCAAGAAAUCCGCCUUCUCAAAAUCAUCAACACGGAAUCAGACGGCGAGAUCCGAUGCAGGCUUGUUCACGCUUCGCUACCCAACAAACCAUCCUUCAUCGCCUUGUCAUACGCGUGGAGCUCGGCGAAAAGGGGAAGAACUAUCUUCGUCAACGAUCAAGAAUACCCUGUGACUUUCAGCGCAUACGACGCCCUCAAACGAAUACGCCAAACGUUUGGUACAACGACGGUCUGGAUAGAUGCGAUAUGCAUCAAUCAGAACGACGAAAUGGAGAGGAACACGCAAGUUCAGAUGAUGCAGAAGAUCUUUGCGAGCGCUGAAAAGACUGUUGUUUUCCUGGGAGAAGUCCGUGACUCAAGCCUUUCGAUGCAGAUCGAAUGCGAGGAGACAGCGCCAGCCUCGAUAUUCUUCCCCGGCAACACUAGCGCCCCUAUGCUGGAGAAAUUUGUUGUCCACUGCUCCUCUUCCAAAACCCCAAAGCAGUCCCGUUCCAUGGAUGCCAUCAACGUCUUCUGCUUGAUACAGUCGAUGGCCGAGACUCACACACUGGAAAACACAUCACCCUUCGACUCAGCAUCCAAAGCCGUCGGUGGAUGUAGGUACCAACGACGCCUAUUUGAAGCACUCCGAGAAAUGACGCGGUCCCGAUGGUGGAACCGAAUGUGGACGGUGCAGGAGGUUGUGGUGCCAAAGGAAGUUCUUGUCAUCUAUGGAUGUUGUGUGACAAAUUGGAAGACAUUUGUUCAAGCCGCAACACGUUACUCCCACCAGAGCAGCUUGCUUCCGUGGGAAUACUCCAACAUACUCGAUGGCUUUUCUCACACCGUACUCCAAAUCGAAAACAUGCGGAGCAGCUGGGUGAGUGGCGGCCGAAAGGGAACACCUCUCCUUUCGCUUCUCAGGAAUUUCACCCAUCGAAAAGCCACCGAUGACAGGGACCGGGUCUACGCUCUACUCGGCUUGGCUCAAGCACCACUACCAAUCGAUCCAGAUUAUACAUUGGACGUGCCAGAAGUGUACAAGAACACUACCCUCGGCAUAAUAAAACGCACUGGAUCCUUGAACAUACUGAACGGUGACAUUGGGAGGAAGGACCGUCAAGAUCUUCCAUCUUGGGUGCCAGACUGGGCUGCAAUACCGCAUCAUCUGGAUCGACGGCGUGCAGGAACGGCAUAUCUGUAUAACGCUUCCCUCAAAAGCUUUGUCUAUGUUCAAGUCGGAAUUCUCAAGCAACCCUUGAUUAUUUUCGAUCAUAGCACAGGAUCCAGAAGAGGAGGUCGUUUGAGGGUUUUCGACCAUGGUACUAUCAGUCUCCCAGGCUUAGGACUGGCAGAGGUCAGUGAUAUCAGUUCCGCUAACAUCACUGAUGGGAACUUGACCUCCAUCCUACAGUCAUGGGCGAAAAUGGCAGCUAGAGGCGUUGGCGAUCCCAACAAGUGGGGGUCAUUUCUCAGAACAAUGUGCGCAGAUGUGGUGUAUGUAAACAAAGGUUCGGAACGCUCCUGCCGCCGCAUGCGCCCAGACGAUCUUGUGGCAGUUGCAGCUUGGUUCUUGAAUCGCCCGGGAGCACCACUCGACGAGGCCGUUUCGGAAGACUCGGAUCUUCUGACCAUCAGAACCGCACUUCUCGAGCAGUUUCCGGGAGUCCAAGAAGACCGAUCGCGGAGUUCAUUGGAUGUCGACUACAGCGUCCGUUCUGCUACGGUUGGGAGAUCUUUCUUUCUCACCGAAGCCGGUUUUUUUGGACUCGGUCCCAUGCAAAUGGCGAAAAACGACGGUGUCUACCUUAUGUUGGGCGCACGCACACCUAUGCUACUUCGAGCGAAAAAAUAUUUCUUCGAACUUAUCGGCGACUGCUUUGCUCAUGGCUAUAUGGAUGGUGAAGCUAUGUCUUCUUGGGAUAAGAUAUCCUCGGAGCCACGGCAAAGAAAUUUUUGGAUCGACCGACUAAAGGACUUGAAAGGACGACACCUGACUGCUUUUGUCGAAGUGGAGUACCAUCCUACAGCGUCGAACGCUGAGAUAGCCUACAAACUGGGCAGAGAGCUCGAUAUCGCCCAGCUAUACGCACGUCACCUUCAUUCUGGUUUAGAAAUAUGUCUCAAAUGA